AUGGCGUCCCGAACCCCUGCAGCGGUGCGGGAAUUGGUCGGACAGCCGCUCAAGGAGCUCGGGGAGCUCUACGAGAACUCGCUCAAGGCCAUGCUCGUGUGCGGGCUCGAGUUCUAUCUGUCGGCGUCGCUCAUGGCGUCGUUCUUCCAGUGUCCCGACGAGGCCGUGCAGGCGGAACAGGAGCUCCGGACGCUCUAUACAUUGGCGUGGGUGCCCAUGGUGCUCGCUGCUGUGCUCGUGUACGGCCCGAAGCUCUCGGCGUCGAUAUUCCCGUCGCCCGAGCACUUUGAGCGCAACAUGCUGCGGUGCAAGAUCCUCACGUGGCUGUACGCGUUCGUGUUUCUCAUUUGGGACCCCGACAUGGUCGUCAAGACGGGCCCGUCGUUGGGCGUGUCGAUUCUCUUUUCGAUCGCAGAUCUCGGGCGCUUUGUCAUGGACAUGAAGCUCUUGACGGAUAUUGAGUACGACGAGAAUGGCAACUCGUUCAUCGUGCAGGACAAGACGUCGAGUCCGAGUGACGAGCAGCACCAGGAGGGAGAAGCCAAGGACUGUCUGCGACUCGAGCAGGAAGAUGCAGGGAGUUACACGGUCCACGUGAUUGCUACAGCUGCGAAGACAGUGCCACGAAGAGCAGGCUUGACCAGACAGCAGGCUGCUGCACGGUUGGAUGCGCGUCCGCACGAGCAUCAGCUUCAGUCCGAGCAGUCUGACUGUCCACAGGAAGGACCAUUCUCGUCGUUGGUAGGGACCGGACUGAAGCGUGAUCGAAGCCGGCGACCUGGACAAGCACGCAGCGGCAAGUGUGUCCAGGAGUCGGGACUGGACCAGUCUCCGUGUACGACCAACAGCGAGUACGUUGCCGUGCUGGAUCAUACCGCAGAGGAGCACGUGGCCGAGUUAGGUGCCAAGAAGUCCAUCACGUACGAGUUUUGA